GGCUAGGUCUGGGAAUGCACUUUGCUGAAAACAACACUGUACAAGUCUUAAAGGAAGUCUGACAGGCGAACCUUCUUCCUCGCUGAAGCUUCUAGAACUAGAGCAUAAAUGAAGGUGUGGCCCAGCGACAGCCCCGCCUCCUCCUCUCCGGCGGAAAUUGAGGGGCAUUACCGGAAGUCGUGAGGUGGGGCGGAGCCUGUGAGGCGGCGCGGUGGGAUCGAUAUGGCGACUGAGGGGGAUGUGGAGCUAGAGUUGGAGACCGAGACCAGCGGUCCUGAGCGGCCUCCCGAGAAGCCACGGAAGCAUGACAGUGGUGCAGCGGACCUGGAGAGAGUCACCGACUAUGCGGAAGAGAAAGAGAUCCAAAGUUCCAAUCUGGAGACGGCCAUGUCGGUGAUUGGAGACAGACGUUCCCGGGAGCAGAAAGCCAAACAAGAGCGGGAGAAAGAACUGGCAAAAGUCACCAUCAAGAAGGAAGAUCUGGAGUUGAUAAUGACAGAGAUGGAGAUCUCACGAGCAGCGGCAGAGCGAAGUUUGAGGGAACACAUGGGCAACGUGGUAGAGGCUCUUAUUGCCCUAACCAACUGAAUUGAGCUUUCUGAGACAUACCCACUGGAUUAACUUAUUGCAAUAAAGACUUGUGUUUUUUUUUUUCCCCCCAGUUU